AUAGUCCUGCUGGGUCGCCCUCACUCUCCUCCAGGCCACUCUGCUGCCAUACACGCCUCCCCUCCCGGCCUACAGACGUGAGCGAGCAUGAGGUGACAGCUCAGGGAGGUGCCUGUGUGUUGAGCUGCCACACUACGGCCAUGAGCGACAACCUGACUCAUUCCUCUAACAACGACUUCCCGCCCAACAAACACUUCCACCCAACACCUUGUAACGACUGUUGUGACGACCCGCAGUCACCACAAGAUCUACAGGAGCACCUCCCUCCUCCCUCGUGUAUAGGCGUCGUCCCUCUGCCAGUGUGUGCUGACCAUCUGCCAGAGGGUGAGCUUCCCACCACCUGUGUCUUCUCUGAAUCGUCCUUGACCCUAUCAGACCUGCCACAGUUGGGUCCGCUGGUGGGUCUCGAACCCAUCCAGUGUUUCCCGGAUGCUGGUGCAGAGGGCGAGGCAGCACUAACCCUCCCACCAGACGCCGCGGUGCCUGUAGACAUGACAUACACCACGGAGGGUCACCAGCUGGUUGUGGCGACUCCGACACCCGCCGCUCAGGUCACGCACACCAGAGUGAGAGACAGGAAGAAGAAAUGUAAGAGCGUGUACAAACAUGUGCCUCACAGGGAGAAGCCGCCUCACCUGGUGGCUCGACGCAACGCCAGGGAGCGACGGAGAGUACAGUCCGUGAACGUCGCCUUCACCAGACUCAGGCGGGUUGUGCCCUGCACCAGCGGACGCAGCAAGAGAGUGAGCAAAGUGAAGACGCUACAGGGAGCUAUUGACUACAUCUACCGGCUGCAGGACCUGCUCACUCACAACACCGCCACACACAUCAACAACAACUGCUCAACUCGUCACCUCGAGCCUAUUAAUAACUGCAGUAUGUUACAACACAACAGUGAAAACACUUCAUUCAACAACUGCACCGUGAUGCACCCUUCUACAGAGAUCUCCAACACAUAUCUGAGUGUCCAUCCUCCCGGGGUGCAGGAUGACUCCCGCCACCACUACCAGCAGCAGCAGUUAGCCUACACCAGUGAUGACACUGUCGAGUGGUCAGACCAGGAGGAGGUGGGAGAGCGACAGUACUUUUCUGACUGUAUCUCGCCGGGCGUGAUGGCUGGCUACUGAACACAACUGUCUUGUUUGUUUAACUUUAUUUUAAAUAUCUUAUAGUUUCAACAGCCCAUUGGUGGUCACAGCUUGUGUUUAUACCGGUAGCGUAGUGUAGUGUUUAUACCGGCAGCGUAGUGUAGUGUUUAUACCGGUAGCGUAGUGUAGUGUUUAUACCGGUAGCGUAGUGUAGUGUUUAUGCCGGUAGCGUAGUGUAGUGUUUAUGCUGGUAGCGUAAGUUAAAAUUUGUUAUGUUUACAAUUUGUUGUGUGAUUAUUGAUCGGUUUUAUAUAAUAACAAAAUGAUAUGUGCGUCACCUGAAUAAUCUCCACCCCAGCUUAUUUCACCUAAAGAUUAACCACCCUAACAGUAUUUUGGGGGGAUGAGGUUAUGUUAAGAUAGGUUAGGUUAUGUUAGCGUUAGGGUGAUCAAUCUUUAGGUGAAAUAAGCUGGGGUGGAGAUUAUUCAGAUGACCCCCAAAAACUAUGAGGAAUAUUUUCUCUACUGUGCAGUAGAUGAGGGUGGGAGCAGAGCCAUAACAAGAGUGUGGGGUUAGACAUACGUUGUUGUACAUAAUAUUGUUUACUUUAUUUCUAGUCAUCUGCUAGUCUAAGAUACUAUAAGUCUCAUCAAUUUUAGUACAUGUGAUUUGCUUUAAUCAGGAAA